UGAUGUCAUCUUAGUAACGACAAAUUAUUAUUAAUGUGAAAUGUCACAAUAAAUAACCGAAAUGCGGUUCGGUUCCGCAUCGUGAUUUAUCGAUUAAACUAUUAAAAAAAAAAUCCAGACUGAAAUUAGAAGCUCACUUAUGAUGCAGAUGAAGUGAAAUAAUAUUUUAAUUAGAACUUAUUUUAUUUGAUACAAAAUGUGCGAGUGAAAUCAUUAAAAAUUAUACACUGAGUCACUAACGGGUAUAAACAAUGGAACGUCCGAGCGUAUUCAUUGGAGCAAUAAUAUUAUUUUAUGUUACAUGUAUAAAUUCUGAUCGUGGAGACUAUAUAGGCUGCUAUAAGUUCAAAGAGGAUGUGUUAAAUACUCAUACAGGACAGUCUGUAGAUGUUUGCUUAUCAGCAUGCGAGCAAGUGUAUUACAAAUACGCUCUAAUUGGAAACGAAUCCACUUGUUUCUGUGCUAAUGAUCCCGGUCAGUUCGUACUAGAACCGGAGUCGUGUGAUACGCCGUGUCCGAAGAACGAAACACAAAAAUGUGGUGGAGAAAAUGCAGCUAGCGUGUACGACACGGAAGUAACAACGCCUGGUCCGCCGAUGUCGAUAGAUAUUGUUAACAUAACUGAAACAACUGUGAGAGUGCAGUGGACGGGUCCACAAGCCUUUACCCGUAUCACAGCAUACAUAAUAACAGCAACUAUUUUAAAAACUUAUGCAGAUUUUGUUAUAAUACCAUUGGAAUGGAGAGUGUCUAAUGAAACAUUUCAAACAGAGCUACCAAAUCUUCAAUCGGGUUCUACAUACAGCAUAAGUGUUGCAGCUGCAAAUUAUGAAGAAGUAGGUGCAAAUAUAACUUUACAAGCUGAAACCAUUAUAGGGACACCUGACCCAAGCCCGCCUGAUAUUGUCAUGCUAGAAAGACGUGGGGGCCAAAUGUUGGUUCAUAUUCCGGAAGCAAAAAAUGUCAAUGGUCCUGUAUCGAUGUACAGAAUAGUUGUAUCAAUUGAAUUAUAUCAGCAAGGUUUCAUAACUGAAAAUUUAAGCAAUUUUUCAUACGCUUCUGAACAAGGACUGCCAUAUUAUAUAACAGCAGAGUUAGACCCUGAAGAUAUUAAAAGUAAUUUUAUUAUAGGUGACAAAACCACAUACAAUGGGUUUUACAAUGCACCACUACCAUUAACAAAUGAUAUUGAGGUUUCCCUUGGUGUGGUAAGUGAAAAAAAUCAUGUUAAGAAAAUUAGAUAUGCUGAAUCAACAAAGAAAAUAAUACUGAAUAUAAAUGAGCCAGAAGAAAUGUCACCCAUGGUUGUAGCACUGGGGGCGGCAAUUGCUAUAGGUAUAGUGCUGCUGUUGAUAGGCAUUGGGUUCCUUAUUAUUCUGCGCAAGAGAAUCCACAUGGUCCGUAUGCAGCGUGGCUCACAGUCCAUGCCACUAAGUCUGAGUGAACCAUGCUUGGAGAUUGAAAAUUCUGGAUUCUUGCAGGACGAAGAUGAAAGAGUGGAUUACUAUGGCAAUCUAAAACGUAAACUAUGGAAUAUUCCCAGAAAUCUGAUUGACAUAGAUAUAUCUUGCGUAGUUGGAUUAGGUACCUAUGGAAAGUUCACAAAAGGGAAAGUGCAGCAGCAUGGUGCUCAAACUUCUGGGCUUGUGCAGGUCAUAUUGGACAGAGAACUGGAAAAAUCUGAUAAGAAAUUAAUGCUACAAGAAUUAGAUUUAUUGAUUAAGUCCAGUGAGCAUGACAAUAUCAUUUCUUUAAUUGGUAUUUGCGAAACAAAUACAACCCUCUUCGUAGUACUACAGGAUACUAAAACAACUCUUAAGGAAAUGAUUCUACAAAGUAGACAUAGGGAUCUGCAAAACAAUAAGUUUUGCCUAAUCUCUGAAAAUAAAGCCCUGCAGGUCUGCCUCGAAGUAGCUUGUGGUAUGGAAUAUUUGCAAAGUAAAAAAAUUGGACACAAAAAGUUAAGUUGCCGUAACAUUGUAAUAGGGGAUAAUGGUGUUGCUAAGGUAGCAGGGUUUGGGCUGUCUCACAUUCGUCCUCUGCAUGAAACACCAGAUUAUACUCGAUGGACCUCACAUGAAAUGCUCAGACAGACUAGAUUUAAUCCUAAGGCAGAUGUAUGGUCAUUUGGUAUUCUUGUAUGGGAAGUUUUUACCAUAGGAGCUACACCUUAUGCUCACACAGGUAGCAAAGACGUUGCAGCUAGAGUGUUGAGGGGAAUGAGACCCUCCCAGCCAUCAUAUGUUGGGGAUGAACUCUUCCAAUUGUGUUUACAGUGCUGGCAAGUUGAUCCGGAUGAAAGACCCAGUUUUUCAUCUCUUUUAAAUGAAUUGACCCCAUUUGCAGAAGGCCCUGGCACUAGAUGUCUCAUUUUCACACAUUAUAAUGGAUUUAACUAUGAACCUCAUGUGCCACAGUAUGAAAUUGUUUCAUAGUAUUAUUCUCAAUAAUACUGACUAUACCAUUGUAGUUAAAAUUAAGCAAAAGUCUUAAACACUAAUAAGUAUACAUGAUGUGUAUACAUAUUCAUGAUGAUUAUUCCCAAAUUGAAACGAAGUAAUGGUGUAGUCAUUGCUAUAUAUAUGCUAUAAGUUAUUAUUAUAAUAUUAUAAGUUUAAAAUUUAUAAUCCAAAGAUUUGCUUCUGAUUAUAACUGCCACAAUUAGAUUUAACAUACUGUUUGAUUCUCAGUUUAUUCUCAAUGCGUUAUUAAUCUCAAUCUCCAAACUUGAAAUCUUAUUUAGAAUAAUAAGUGUAAAGAGAACAUGUAUAUUAUAUAAGAAAGUCUAAAAGCAGUUAUGUUUGUGCCCCGAAUGUAAUAAUAAUAUCUCCGAUAUAACCUCUGAAAUACAAUUUAUAUCAGAGACCAAUCAUUGUGUCGUACAUGUCUAUCGAUAUUUUCAGUCGGGCAUUUUUUCAUUGCUGGUUCAUAUUUUUUUGACCAUCACCCAUCUCUUAUCCAAGUUUAUCUAUGCUUUGGUUUUCCAGUCUAGUAAAGCUAAGAUGUCUGGGGUAAAUGUCGUCAUAAUGAGGAUCUGUUACAUUACAUGUUACCUUAUAUUGUAUAUGAUCUGAUGUAGUUUGAUAUUAUUUUAUCUUUGUUAAAUACUCCAAUAAGUUAUUAAUUAGAAUUUUAAUAUGACAAUAUUAAAAUAUCGAUAUAUUCAUAAUCAUAAAGCCUUACAUGCACAGCCAAAUGCCAACCUGUUUUAACUAUUAAGUUCGUUGGUGUCUUCCCACCACCUGGGAUUGCCACAAGUCUUACCUCGGAGCUGUGUCGGUUUCUUUUUUCACUAAUCUAAGGCCAGCAAUCUUGUGUCAGUUCACAUACGGUCGCAUUGGCUGAGGUUUGGCCAACAUGUCUCUCCUGGUUAGUGAGGGAGAUUCAUUCAAUUCAUCUUCCCUUCGAUCUUAUGGAUAAAUAAUAUAGUAGUAAACCUUCUAUAAUGACAGUAACACAUCCCCGUACAAAGAGAUUAGGUGUUGUUUUCCUGGAUUUAAUCUUAGUUUUAAAAUACACAUGGUUUAACCCCGUCUUAUAAUAUUCAGGACAAAAUAUUUUUUGUUCAGGUAUGUUUCAAUAAAUAUGACUAAACACUUAUACAAUACAACAAAUGAAAUAAAAGAAAAUAAUAUAUUGUUUUAUAUAUUUUUCGCGAGCAACAUGUAUCGCAAGUAAAAACAGGUUACCAGUUCUUCACUUGCUUUAAUGAGCAAGUUUUAUUUCUUAUGAGUUGGUUUGAAUGUAUAUUGAUUAUUGUAUAACAUGUAUAUUUAAAAACUAUAGCUUUAAACAAUUUAUAGUAUUAUCAUUGUCUAAUAAAACUAUCGAUUAUAUGGUUUUUAUGAGUUAUAACAAAAAAAAGACAAAAGAAAGACUUAUGUAACAU